AUGGGGAGGCUUCCUUGAGCCAGAUCUGGGGGAGAGUGGGUUGACUGCCUCUUCUCCCACUCUCAUUGGCGCCUCCCGUGGGAGCGGCCCGGUGGCGGCUGCUGCUGCUGUGGCUUCUACUCACUAUGGCCCCAGUGCGCUCAGGAGCUGGAGCCCGAGCCGGAACCGCGCCCAGGGUGCUGGUAGCAGCGGGAAACGGAGCGCUAAGCACUUGCUCCUAGGACCGUCAGCUUCCUAGCCAUGUACUCCGACAACAGUAGCGAUGAUGGCGGUGGCGGGUACUGGGGCAGCGGCAGAGCAGGAGGAGCCGGCGGCACUGGGGUUACCGGGGAGCCCGGGCCAGAGGGGAGCCCUCGCCAAGCGCCCCUUUUCAGUCCCGGGACCUACGAGCUGCUAGCGUUACUGAUCGCCACCAUCGGGCUGCUGGGCUUGUGCAACAAUUUGCUGGUGCUUGUCCUUUACUACAAGUUCCAGCGGCUCCGCACCCCGACUCACCUCUUCCUGGUGAAUAUCAGUUUCAGUGACCUGCUCGUGUCCCUCUUUGGAGUCACCUUUACCUUUGUGUCGUGCCUCAGGAGCGGCUGGGUCUGGGACUCGGUGGGCUGCGCAUGGGACGGGUUUAGCAACAGCCUCUUCGGGAUUGUUUCCAUUAUGACCCUCACUGUCCUUGCCUAUGAGCGCUACAAUCGAAUUGUCCAUGCCAAAGUGAUUAAUUUUUCCUGGGCCUGGAGGGCAAUAACCUACAUCUGGCUUUACUCAUUGGUAUGGACUGGAGCUCCUCUCCUGGGCUGGAACAGAUACACUUUGGAAAUCCAUGGCCUAGGCUGCUCAGUGGACUGGAAAUCUAAAGACCCCAAUGAUUCCUCCUUUGUGCUUUUCUUAUUCUUUGGCUGCCUGAUGUUACCUGUUGGUGUCAUGGCCUAUUGCUAUGGCCAUAUUUUGUACGCCAUCCGAAUGCUCCGAUGUGUUGAAGAGCUUCAAACCAUCCAAGUGAUUAAAAUCCUGAGAUAUGAAAAGAAAGUAGCCAAAAUGUGUUUUUUAAUGAUAGCAAUAUUCCUGUUCUGCUGGAUGCCUUAUGCAGUGAUCUGUCUCUUGGUAGCAAAUGGCUAUGGCAGCCUGGUCACACCAACUGUGGCUAUCAUAGCAUCUCUCUUUGCCAAAUCUAGUACUGCGUACAAUCCAAUUAUCUACAUCUUCAUGAGCAGAAAGUUUCGGAGAUGCCUUUUACAGCUCCUGUGUUUCAGGCUGCUAAAAUUCCAGCAGCCCAAGAAAGAUAGACCUGUCAUCAGGACCGAAAAGCAGAUAAGACCUAUAGUGAUGUCCCAGAAAGUUGGAGAUCGACCAAAGAAGAAAGUGACUUUUAGCUCCUCCUCCAUCAUUUUCAUCAUCACCAGUGAUGAGACUCAGAUGAUUGAUGAGAAUGACAAAAACAGUGGGACAAAGGAUAACUGCUUGACCUGUUGGUAUAACAUCUUGUAUGUUUCAUAACCUCAAAGUGGAUUUCUUGAUAGACCGAGAAGAGAAGAACCAAAGAAAAAGUUUUUGCAAAAAGUGCUUUUGAAAGUCACUUUUAUGGACUAGCCCAACCCCAACUUAUAGCUAAAGAUCAAGUUGGUUAAACUGUAAUUGAAGGUCUAAAAUAAAGUAAAAUGUCUCAUAUUUCUAAUAAAACAUCUCAGCUUACAUUUUAAAAUAUUUAACAUUUUUCUAUUUUUGUAUAGAAAUUAAGGUGUUUAAAUUGUUUAAGUAAAAUGUAAUUGGCCUUCACUGAGCCAUGCCAUGGCCUUGCUGGGCCUCAAAAAGUUCUAUUGAUUAAUUACUGCAUAUAUUUUAUUUUCCCUCCAGAAGAAUAUGGACACACUAUUAUGAAUAUGCAUAAAUAUUCCCAGGAGCACAAUGUGUAAAACUGGGACAAAUAACAUUUUCAUUCUAUACAUAUUUAGAGUUCUCCAGGGUCACUUGAGGCUCGGAACGAUGGUACUAGAAGUUAUCUUAGACACUACCUAGUCUAACUUCUCCAUCUGUUUAAGAGGAAACUAGAGAGAGCUAAAAUCACUUGCCCAAGAUCUUGUAGUUAGCUACUGAAGAAUCUGGACUAGAACUCAAAGUCUACUUAUUCCUUGUCCAGUGUUCUUUCCAAAUCAAGUUGUUUCUCCUCAUUUCUGAGCUCUGGCCUUAGAGAAACCUAUGAGGCCAAAAGUUCUACUGACAUCCUGGGAAAAAUGUGAAUUUACCCCUCAAAUGACUUCUUGUGGGACCACACAAAUAGCCUUUUUAAAAAAAAUUAUGGUACUGACAACAUAAUACUAUUUUUCAUUUUCUUGUUUAUAAUGUGAACCUAGCUAAUGGAUCAAUAUAUAAGAAAUUCAAAUUCAUUUAACAAAGAGGUAGGUACCUAUAAAAGCUGCUGAGAAAAGGAUUUUCUGCAUUUCAGGAGAAAUCAGGCAUCUGUACCAUUGCCUUUUUAAUUUCCAUGAUAGAAACCCAGAGAUAGUGUUGACAGGGGAAAUACUUUAUUUAAUAUUGGAGCUAAUAGACUAUACAACAGACUAUACUUCCCAUAUAGGUUAGUAAUAAACCAGAGUCUUGCUAUAAUGCUUUCAUCUCUCUCUAUUGAAAUUUAGGCACCUUGGUGGCAUAGUGGAUAGAGUACCCGGCUGAGUAUCUGGAGGACCUGGAUUCAAAUCUGUCCUCAGACACUUC